AUGGACCUGAUGAGCUCGCGAUUUAAAUCGUUCAGCUGGAAGCGAAGCAAACAACAACAAACCAGUGUCUCCUCAAUACCUCCUGUUCAGUCCAUCGACACUCCGUCGACCCGAACACUCGUCUCGCCGCCGCAGCCUGCUCCGACGUCUAAUCCCACGCCCGCCCCUUCAACCACUUCCGCCAGUUCUCCUCCCUCCGGCCAUACCUCGUCCUCCACAAGCAGUCUCCCAAUGAAUAAUCAGGGUCAACUGGGACAGCCGCCCAGCUACACGUAUAAUAAUGUCGCUGGUCGGCCUACCAGCCCCAUGCCGCCGGGCGGCCAGCAGCAGAUGCCGCACCCGCUCAACACCAACAUGCCUUACCCGGGACAACAAACACUAGGCGCUCCACCGGUCUACGGUAUGCAACAGCAGGUAAUGGGGCGAGGGUUGCCUUCGCAGCAAGUCCCUUACGGAGUUCGGCCCGCCCACGAAGUCGAGGGCGCCGGGCGGAGUAAGGCUUCGCUUAUUGUAGGAAUUGAUUUCGGCACAACUUUCUCUGGUGUCGCAUUUGCUUUUGCGACCAACAAUGAGGCGCGGGAGGACAUUAUCACCGAAUGGCCAGGUGCCGGUACUCACACCAAACAAAAGAUUCCAACUGUCUUGUACUACGACCAAUACCAGGAAGUGGUGGGAUGGGGACCCGACAUUGCCAAUGCGCUGGCUCCCACCGGUUAUCCGAAGCAAGGGGUGCAGAAGGUCGAAUGGUUCAAACUUCAGCUGAUGCUUUCCGGAAACACAUACAUUGACCCCAUCAACUUGCCGCCCCUUCCGCCAGGAAAGUCGGAGAUUGACGUGGCGGCCGACUACCUGUUCAAGUUACGACAGGCGAUGCGCUCUCAGUUGCAGAAAACGCUUGGCGAGGUAUUCACAAGAGAGGAGCGUAACAUCAAGUACUAUCUCACGGUACCUGCCAUCUGGAACGAUGCUGGAAAGGCAGCAACCCGUGCAGCGGCUCUGCAAGCUGGUUUCUUGCGGGACGAGAACGACAACCGCCUGACGCUAAUAUCAGAACCAGAAGCUGCUGCACUUUUCUGCGCUAAAACCGGAUUGCUAAAUCUCAAGGUCGGCGAUGCGAUUUUGAUUGUUGACUGCGGCGGGGGUACAGUGGAUUUGAUCGCAUACGAGGUUGAAGAAGAGCAGCCUUUCAGCGUGGCCGAAUGCACUGCUGGUUCUGGUGAUUCAUGUGGUUCGACGGCGCUCAACCGAAAUUUCAGCAACAUCCUCCGUGCUAAGAUCCGAAAGAUGAAGCUACCGGACGGGUCUCGGACGGCUGGGAAAGUGUACGCCAAGUGUAUCAUGGACUUUGAGAACCGUAUCAAGGCAGACUUCCGGAACAACGGUCAGAAAUGGGCAGUGGACGUUGGCAUUGAAGCCGACUUUCCUGAUGCAGGGAUCGAGGAAGGAUACAUGACUUUCACGAACGAGGAAAUUCUUCAGUGCUUUGAACCUGUCGUUAACCGCAUCCUCGAGUUGGUGCGUAACCAAAUCAUCGCCAUCCAAGCGCAGAACCGGAACCUGCAGAACGUGCUCGUCGUAGGUGGUUUCGGUGCAUCUGAGUACCUCUUCCAACAAAUCAAGCUCCACGUACCGCCGCAGUAUCAGUCCAAGGUCGUCCGCCCUAUGGACUCUGUUGCUGCGAUUGUCAAGGGUGCCGUGACGGCAGGUAUCACAGAACGAGUGGUUACCCACCGUGUUGCCCGUCGACACUACCUGAUGGCCACACUCCAGCCGUUCAAAGAAGGAUACCACCCUGAGCAGUACCGAGUCCCCAGUCUUGACGGCCGUGAUCGAUGCAAAUACACCCGGCAAAUAUUCGUGCAGAAGGGUGAGAGGGUGAAGAUUGGCGAGCCAGUUAAGGUCAGCUUCUUCCGCCAGGUUGCCCCCGGAGCUACCCUCAUGUACGAGGAUAUUCUAUACGCCUGCGACGAAGACGUGUGCCCUGAGUACACCAAAGAUCCACGUAUCAAGGAAGUUGUUACCCUAACGUCAGAUCUGUCGCGCAAAAAUCUUGAAACCGACUUCGAGCGCAUGGACACGCCCCAGGGCACCUUCUACCGGGUAUACUUCGACAUAUAUCUCACGCUAGAUGGUAGUGAGUUCAGCGCCGAGCUGGUCUGCCAGGGCGAGGUCAUGGGACGAUGCCGUGCAAAGUUCAGAUAA